AUGGAGCACGUAAACGACUCUGUGGUAUCUGAAUUUGUGCUGCUGGGAUUGGCACGGUCGCUGGGCAUGCAGCUUUUCCUGUUCCUCUUCUUCUCUUUGUUUUAUGUGGGGGCUCUUCUGGGAAACCUCUUCAUUGUAUUUGCAGUGAUUGUGGACCCUCCCUUGCACUCCCCCAUGUACAUUCUGCUGGCCAACCUUUCCCUGGUCGACCUGGGCCUCGCGUCCACCACGGUCCCCAGGGCACUCUCCGACCUUCUCACUGCCCGCACACUCAUCUCCUUCCACAGCUGCAUGGCACAGAUGUUCUUCAUCCACGUCAUGGGAGGGGUGGAGAUGGUGCUGCUCAUAGCCAUGGCCUACGACAGGUACACAGCCAUCUGCAGACCUCUCCACUACCUGACUGUUAUGAGCUCCAGAACAUGUGUGCUGUUGGUGGCAGCGGCCUGGGCCACUGGUGUGAUUCAUGCUGUGUCUCAGUUCAUAUUUGUCAUAAACUUACCUUUCUGUGGCCCCAACAAUGUGGGGAGUUUUUACUGUGAUUUUCCUAGAGUCAUUAAACUUGCUUGCACAGACACUUACCGACUAGAAUUUGUGGUGACUGCCAACAGCGGCUUCAUAUCGAUGGGCACCUUCUUCUCCUUAAUGGUAUCGUACGCCUUCAUCCUGGUCACUGUCCGGCAGCACUCCUCCAGCGCUUUGUCCAAAGCAUGCGUCACCCUGUCCGCCCACAUCACUGUGGUCGUCAUGUUCUUCACUCCGUGCAUGUUUCUCUAUGUGUGGCCUUUCCCUACACAGUCACUAGACACAUUUUUUGCUAUUGUGGACUUUGUUGUCACCCCUGUUUUAAACCCGACCAUCUACACUUUAAGGAAUAAGGACAUGAAGCUGGCAAUAAGAAGGCUAGGUAGACAGGUUGUAGGUUCUAGGGAGACAUCACCAUAG